AUAUUUACGCGGGAACGCAAAUUUGACAAUCGUUUUUCGUUUUUGAGCGUGGUUUCUUUUUAUAAAAAGCAAAGUUUGAUUGCUAAAUAAUGAUGUCAAAAUUAGAAUUUUUAAUUUUUGUUGAAUUUGACACAAAUUUAAUCUAAGUAUAGAAAAUAGCAAUGACUGAUUUAUCCGUUCACAUCUUCAAAUUGGGCCAUGAACUCGAAGAGAUCAGGACUCGGUCUCUGCGUAAUUUACUUGGUAAGUUGGAAUGUGGGCUACUAACAACAUCAGUCUUGGUGGAUCAGGACAAGCUGUUCGAGAAGUUGGUUGACUGGUUCUAUUUUGACAAUGCUCCAGAAAAAUUGUCUGUUUUGAAGUUGAUUUAUGAGCUUUUGAAGGUAAAUGGUGCAGUUAAACUAUUACUCAGAGCUGAUCCUAAUUUGAAACGUCUUGAUGCAAUUAAAUUUGAUGACAACGACACUCGCUCUUUGUUGAAGAAAAUCAACGAUAUUGUCAAACAACAUUUGGAACACAGGCACACAGAACCUGAGAGACUGCCCGAUGCCUCUCCUGAACCACCUCCAAUUGUCAUUAACUACCGAGAGUCUCCGUCAACUUUAGCUAGAGGAACGCCGUCAGUUCCUAUCUCAACACAGUGUCCAACUGCAAGGACAAACGAUUCUUCCUCGAGUGGACUAACACUAGAAAGAAGUAGCUUUCGAAUCUGGAUUCUGCCCUGGCAACAACUCAUAAAGUCAGACGUCAACGUUCUAUCAGCCGUUGAAAGUUCAUUGAGUAAUUAUGAUACAAUCGAACAUUCUUGCAAUUUCUUCGCAAAUGUCAUGCUACAAGACUUUCCAGUGGAGGUGUUUCUCCAACGCCAGGGCAUUAUUAAGUGUCUUCUCAAUCUGUUGGAUAAAGAAUCUCUGCAUGCAGUCAGUGCGCUGAAUGAAUUUCUAAAACGGCUAGAAAAUCGUCUUCUGUUUUUCUUUGAUCCUGCAACUUCUUGUCUGAAAAUCGAGUUGCCCGGUAAUGCUGGCAUGAUAUCUUCUGACAAUUCAUCUCCAAUAACUUCAGCUCAGAGAGAUUCACCGGUUGCCAGCGACAUACUUCAUCAAUACCAGAGGGAAGGAUACAAGGUCAAUCGAAUGAUGAGUGGAGCUAUGGGACCUGGAAACGUUGACCAGUUGUCGGUGCCGCAGUUGUGUGCGACUCUGUUGAAGACGGUGGCGCCGCUCUGUGGCAAACUGCAAGGAGUCACCGCGCCGCUCAUCCCGCGCACCUUGAAGCUGCUCUCCUACUGCAUCCCUGAAAUGGACUCCUUCUGGGCCUCAUCAGAUCCCUACUCAUUGGUCAUUCAAAGCACACUGAGAGCGGCCAUGCUCAAAUUCGCCAACGCUAUUUUGGAAAGUGUGAUGUUCGAACCGAUGGAAAGAAUUCUUAUGAUUAGUGGAGCUUGUCUGUUUGUGAAAACACUUGUUCCCCUGUCCAUGGCUGGUGCUGUUGUGCCUCAGGAGUUACAGAAGGUUCUCUCAGAUCUACUUCUCGACCCUCCCACCUAUAUCCUCUACAAAGAAUUACAUCUGUUGAUAGCAUCAUACGUCCAGUGCUUUCAGACAAAUGCCGAUCCUCGUUAUGAAGUGGCAGAAAAUAUACAUAAAUCGAUGAAGUGUGCUCUGCCUUUCAUGAAAAACGGUUCCUCAUUGCCGCAAAAUGAGUUUGUAAAACUAUUCAAGGAAUCCAUGUCUUGUCUGUUGAUACAUAGGCGAAUGGAAGUCAUCGAUACUUUUGUUGAACUGUGCAGUGAAAGGUUGCAAGGCAGAGACACGGAAGAAGCUUCAUCUUUGAUUGUUGAACUUCUGGCCCAUGUUGACCUAGCUGUAUCCAGUAGGGCUUAUUUGGCAUGCCAUAAAAUCGUCUCAACUCUGCUUGGUCCAAAACAUGCCACUACUGGUGUUGAUCCUUUUCAAAAACUGCGGUUUAUUCUGAAUUCGAAUGUUUUGAGAGAAAUUGUUUGUCACGGGAUUAUCAAUCAGGAUAAUAAGAUACAGCAACAAGCUGAAGAAAUAAUUAUUCUGAUAAUGAAAUGUAAAAUGUUGGUAUCUGAUUCGUCAUGGAUGAAAAUGUGGUCAGAAAUUAGCACAGUUAUACCUUUACUUCAAGGAUUUUCGGGCGGUGAAAGAAUGAUAGGUGCACAUGUUAUGGAUCUGUUCAAUCCUGAUAUUGCUAAAUCGCUUGGAAUCAGUGAAUUGCAGAUUUUAUUAGCGAAUUUGAGACUGCUGUUCAGUCCCUAUAAAGAAUGCCGCAAGGAAGCAAGUGCCCGACUUAUGUGGAUGGUUGGAACUGCCUUAGUCGACAAAACCAUUCGUGAUAUUUGCCUCGUUGACAGAUCUGUAUCAGGAAAGCAGAAGCUUGGCGGAAUUUAUGAGCCAGGAAGCAUUGUACGAGUUUUGGAUCUAUUGAAUCGCAGCAAUAUUGUAGAGCAUGAAACAGUGCAUGACGCAGCCCUGACUCAACUUAGCGUCAUGACUGAUGACCCCUAUCUACAUGAAAUAUUCCUUGAGAACGGAGGACUAGAUACUGUACUACGGUUGAUGAACUCAUUGGAUGGUUCAAAAGAGGAGAAGAAGAUUUUAUUACCAGCUAUAGCAAUAUUGAAAAAUAUUACAAGACAUUGUUCUAAAAUAAGGCUGCAACUGUGUCAAAAUUCCAAACUUCUGAAAACUAUCAUAAAAGGGUUAUUCAAGUUCAGGAAAGACUGGAGACUCCAACGCGAUGCAACCCAGCUUCUGGCAUUCCUAGCAUUUGCUGAGUUCUAUAUCACUACAAAAGGCUCCAUAUCGUUGCCUCAUAUUGUGCUGGUCAACUUCAGGCUGCCGUUUGAAUGUGUGGCACACUGGAAAGUUAGUCCCAACACCAACCACUCUUCUACUGAUAGUGCGUUUUUGAACGAUGCAUCACUGCAAGCACUGCUGAGUGUUCUGUGGUUGGAAUUGGAAGUUGAUGAUGUGAUGGCUGUGAAUAAACCACCUGAGCAGUGCAAUCCAGAGCUGACGGUCACCAAGCAAGCACUGCGACAAGUGCAGGGCAGCUGCGUCACCCACAAUUGCAAGCUGCUGCUUCAUUCUAUCCAAGAUGCAAUCACUCACAAUGAGGUGUUGAUCGUAUUACCCAAGUUGAAAAAAUUACUGGAAGUUUGUUUCAUACAUUCUGAGGAAAAAGAGAAAGUGGAACAUAAUCCUGCCUGGAGAAAAAGCUUCUACAAGUUUGUGACUGGUUUUCCAAAUAAUGAAGACGAUGAAAAGCUGCUUUAUUGUAUUCUAGACUUCUUGAAUUUUCUAGCGGGUACUUUGGAGCCUCAGCGAAGAUGGAUAACAUCCUGGAAGGAGUUGUGCAUGGGAAUGUUUGAUGUUGCUAGAGUUUGCAUUGGAUCGAAUGUGAGUGAGACAGAGGCGGAAAGGUGGAGCCAUUUGACAGGGCAGCUGCUUCGUUGUCUACAUCACACUCAUACUCAGCACUUCUACAAUCUCGCUUUUCUAGCAAAAGCACUGGAUACAUUGUCGAAGCUUCUGUCUUUGAAACAUGCUGUACCAUGUGAACAUCUGAAAUGCGGAGUGCUUUGGGAACUUUUGGCCGCCUUCCAUUGUGGAACCCCCGAUUCCUGCAUGGGGUUGGGGAUAACCAGGCGCACAAUCAUGCUUUUGGUUAACAUUCUACAUCUGGACAUGAAAAACAAGGUAGAAUUUUAUGAAAAGUUAUGGAUACAGAAUUCAAACCAAAUUCCAGCUUUUCUAGCAAAAGCACUGGAUACAUUGUCGAAGCUUCUGUCUUUGAAACAUGCUGUACCAUGUGAACAUCUGAAAUGCGGAGUGCUUUGGGAACUUUUGGCCGCCUUCCAUUGUGGAACCCCCGAUUCCUGCAUGGGGUUGGGGAUAACCAGGCGCACAAUCAUGCUUUUGGUUAACAUUCUACAUCUGGACAUGAAAAACAAGAAAAACGGGAAGUGGGAAGAAGACUGGGUAAAAGAAGAAUAUUUCUUUUCUCUAGUUCCAUUAUUUCAGAGCAAAGAUGUUGUCAUAAGAGCAUCAGCUUUCCAGCUAUUCAUCGGACUAUGCCAAGAAAGGCAUGUGUUUUUAAUAGUGAUGGAGACACUACCAGAUUUGUGGCUUAUUGCUCUCAGAGCUUUCCUCGACCACAAUGAAUCUAGCCUGGUUAGAGAACAAGCUAUUCUUUUGUGUGCUUGUUUAGCAAGUUAUGAUAAGAAAGAGUACUACGUUACAAGUAUUGGAGAGCAUGAUUUCUAUCACAAUUUGAAAAUAAUCAUCAAUAACUUGAUCAUGGAGCAAGUUUUUUGGAACAAAUACACUUUCCUUAUGUCAGAUGACAUUGAAUUGGAAAAUGUCCCCACUACUCCUGGACUUAUCAAAGCUGCAUGUCAGCUCAUAUUGAAUCUUCUUGUUCAAUUUAGUGUCAAUGUUGGUAAUGAUUUAAGAGACUCGGGAGUAGCACAAAUGUUGAUGAGUAUUUCAGAUGACAUUGAAUUGGAAAAUGUCCCCACUACUCCUGGACUUAUCAAAGCUGCAUGUCAGCUCAUAUUGAAUCUUCUUGUUCAAUUUAGUGUCAAUGUUGGUAAUGAUUUAAGAGGCUCGGGAGUAGCACAAAUGUUGAUGAGGUGCUUGACUAGAAGAAGCAACUCCGAGUCUACUGUAAGAGAAGAAGUUGGAGACAUGUUCAGCUCCAUCUGCAGUGUUUUGUGCCUUUGUUUAAAUAAGAGCAUCAGUAUUCCAACCGAUUUGUUACCUAGCUUGUGUCGCCUUUUCAAUGACGAUUUAUACGAUAUUCAGCACGAUAAAAUAAAAGAGAAUCUUUGGGGUAAGCUUCUACGUGUGAUGUCGUUGAUACUUCAUCUAUCAGAAAGCACGUUCAGUUUUCCCAGCAAUGUCGUAUCAACUCUGUGCUCUGGUAUCAACAAAACAACAAACAUAACACUACAAAUGCACUCACUAUUGUCGCUUCCUGGUUUAACAUUCAACUUCAAUCAAGAUGAUUGUAAACAAAUCUGCCAUGCACUGAUUUCUGUUUGGGAAAAAUUGAUUCCGACAAAACGCAAAGAAGCAUUGGUGUAUGCGCUGACCACACUUGUGGGCCACUCUCGGGAGGCCUCGCUAAUCGCUCUGCAGGAAGAUCUACUAGCCAAAUUGAUCUACCGCUUCAGAAGCAUUCUUGUCACACUCACUGUUGAAACUGGCGACACUUCGCGCUUAAAAAAGGGAAAUGCAACGCUAGCCGACUUGUGCUUAUACCUGGGACUGUCGUGCAACUUGAUGUCUGGGAGCCCUGAGGUGAAGGUGGCUGCCUCGGAUGUAGGCUUUGCUGAUACCCUUCACAAGCUGUGGGUCUGGUGCUUGGCUGAUAGCUCAACGCAUGUCAUGUCCCUCAAGACUCUCAUCACUUUCACCGCUGAUAAUCCCACUGGUGCUAGGUCAUUGGUACUAACCAGUACUGUAUCGGGAGUCGGACAGAGGAAAACUCCGAGCGCAUUCUCACUGGUGCAUGCACUAAUUUCCAUGAUUGUCAAGGAUCACUGUUCAUCAGAAGUACUGAGCAAAGCGUUUCUGCUAUUGACACACGCAUGCCAGGCUUCAGAAGCUAGGGCGAUUGUAGCCAAGAGUAAUCUUUUAACGAAAUUCAUAAACUUGGGUCUCCAGAAGCGUUCACCGUCGGAAGAUGUGGACGGAGUUUGGUUAAAGUUUUUAAAUGUGUUUACAUUCUACGCCGAUGGACAGGUGGCUGUAUCUAAGAUCCGAGAUGUUCUAGAAAGGUUGAUUGAGUAUUCGUCGCAUACGAAACCCACAAUACGUAUCACAGCUUUGUAUAUUCUCAGGAACAUUGCCUUCCAUUCAUCUAACAGGCCUCGACUGUUGACCACUGAUGAGUUUCUGAGUCUUUUGUGUGAUAAACUUGUGGCGAAUAGUGCAGCUGAAGAGAAACGUGCGGUGGCUUUGAUUGUUUGGGCUCUGGCAGCUAAUAAUCAGAAAGCGAAACUUUGUUUGAGAGGCGCCGGACUGGAUUCUCGGCUACAACUGGCAGCGGCUACCAUACAAUCCAACUCGCCAGUCGUUCAACUGUUGGAUAAUACGCUUUCAAUACUGAAUCAAAGUAGGUAGCAAACAAACUACUGGCGGCUUGGAUUCAUCAGAUGUGUUGAAUUGCAGUGAAAUUAUUGGACUGGGUCUGAAAGUGUACUGAACACGAACUUGUCGUGAAUUGUACUUAGACUGCACUUGCAUGGAAACAAGCAUUUUCGUAUCCCGUCUAGUACAGUCUGGAACAGGUUAACUAUUGGAAAAAAAUAUAAUUCGUUCUUGUACGUUCUUUCCAGUCUAGUCCAGUAAUGCCACUUUCAAUGUAGUAGCAUCAUAAAACUUCCUGGACCAAAGUUAUGUAUAAAAAAGCGUUUGAAAAUUUGUAUUGAGUCUUGAGUGUUAAUCUAUUCCAUAGAUAAGAGUCCAGAAGCCCCAGUCAAGCAAUCAAUCAUUAUAUUAGCUCUUUUUUGAUGAUUCUAGUUUCGAAAACUUCCAGGCUUGGGUAUUUGUGAGAAAGCUUACUAAGAAAUUCAAAUUUAUUGAGUGCAUUACUUGAACAUGCAGAACCAUGUGUUUGUGAUUUUUAAUAUUUAUUAUCCUGUUAUCUACUGUAUUAUUUAUUGAUGUACGCCUAUUUUACUUUAUCUAUUAAUUAUGAUGAUGAGUUUUGUAAAUAUUUUAUCCUAGAUGAAUUAUUUAUGACUUUGUUGAUGUUCCUUUUGCAUGAAUUUAACUCAUUUAUAAUAUUUUCAUAUUCCAUAGUUUACUCCCUACUCUUGAUUAAAUGCUUAUCAAUGUUAAGAAUAAGUUGACAUUAAUCUCCUAUUUGACAAAGUUAUAUGGAUUAAAACUCAACUUUUAAUGUA